GGGAGCGGUGACGUCGCCGGAGCUCCUGUCAGGUGCGGUUGCCGGGAGAGCGGGAUGCGCCUGGAGCCCCCGCCGCCGCCGCCAUGGAGGUGGAAGAGGCGUUCCCCGUGGUGGGCCAGAUGGGGCCCUUCCAGGUGUGGCUCUGCGUCCUGCUGGCCGCGCUGCUGCAGCUCUACGUCGCCAGCGAAGCCAUCCUCAUUGCGCUGGUGGGGGCGACACCUCCUUACCACUGGGACCUCGACAGGAUCUCAGCUAAUUGGAGCCAUGGCAACCAGUCGGUGAGCGAAGAAGGACGAGCGUUUGGGAAGUGGCUGCUGACCGCCAACGGCAGCGAAGUCCACAAACACGUUCACUUCAGCAGCAGCUUUACGUCAAUCGCCUCUGAGUGGUUUUUAAUCGGCAGGACAUCGUACAAGAUCAGCGCCGCUAGCUCCUUUUUCUUCAGCGGUGUUUUUGUGGGGGUGAUUACCUUUGGUCAACUCUCAGAUCGUUUUGGACGGAAGAAAGUCUAUCUUAUAGGUUUUGCCCUCGACAUCCUGUUUGCUCUGGCCAAUGGCUUCUCCCCAUCCUACGAGUUCUUUGCUGUCUCUCGCUUCUUGGUGGGCGUCAUGAAUGGCGGGAUGUCGCUGGUGGCGUUUGUCCUGCUGAACGAGUGCGUGGGCACCGCUUACUGGGCGUUGGCAGGAUCGAUUGGUGGCCUCUUCUUUGCCGUGGGAAUUGCCCAAUAUGCUUUAUUAGGAUACCUCAUUCGCUCCUGGAGGAUGUUGGCAGUUGUGGUUAACCUGGAGGGAACGGUGGUCUUCCUGCUCUCUCUGUUCGUUCCCGAAUCCCCUCGCUGGCUGUACUCGCAGGGCCGGCUGAGCGAAGCGGAGGACGCCCUCUUCCUCAUCGCCAAGAGGAACCGCAAGCCCAAGUGCACUUUCUCCCUCCAGCUGCCCUCGGAGAGGAGCCGCAAGGAGGCGGGCAGCAUCCUGGACCUCUUCCGCUACAGGAUCCUUCUGGGACGGACUCUGGUGAUGAUGUUCAUCUGGUUCGUAUGCAGCUUAGUUUAUUAUGGCCUUACUCUCAACGCGGGGGACCUGGGAGGCAGCAUCUAUGCCAAUCUGGCCCUUUCUGGUCUGGUAGAGAUACCUGCAUACCCGCUCUGCAUCUACUUGAUCAAUCAGAAAUGGUUCGGCCGGAAACGGACCCUUGCGGUGUUUUUGUCCCUGGGAGGACUGGCCUCCCUCGUUGUCAUGUUUCUUCCCGAAAAGAAAGCUACUGGGGUGUUUGCGGUGAUAAACAGCCGGUCCUUGUCUUUACUGGGGAAACUCACCAUCAGUUCCGCAUUUAACAUCGUUUAUAUCUACACAUCAGAACUCUACCCGACGGUGAUUAGGAACGUCGGAAUGGGAGCCUGUUCCAUGUUCUCCCGAGUCGGCGGGAUUAUUGCUCCUUUCGUUCCGUCUCUGAAAUCUGUGCAGUGGUCCCUGCCCUAUGUCGUGUUCGGCGUGGCGGGCUUGCUGUCGGGCCUGCUCAGCCUCCUGCUGCCGGAAACCUUAAACAGCCCCUUGCUGGAGACGAUUUCUGACCUGCAGGGUUGCUCCUAUCGGAGGCUGGGCAGUGAAGCCGUGGCACUGCAGGCCCUGGAGGGCCCCCGAUCUGACCGGGACAGCUCCGCAGGGAGCGAAAGUGAAGACGAAGAGUUCUAUGAUGCGGACGAAGAGACUCAGAUGAUCACGUGACGUUGGAGGAAAGGGCUCUCUUUCGUUGCAGCCUUUUCAAACUCUCCCGUCGGCUUCAUCGGUACAAACGUGAAAGCGGGUGAAAAUCGAGGGGGCGGAAGAAACUGGGACUGUGCCGUCGUUAUCUCUGCAUCGGGAGGCAAAGCGGAGCCUGUCGCUUUCUGGUGCCCUCCCCGCCAGAUCAAGAACUGUCCCUCGUUCGGGGAGGAGUCAGGAAUUCUGCGGGCUCAGGAUAGGAUACCGUUUGUGAAACCAAACAACUGACCCAAUCUGUAGCCAUA